CAGCAGCUUACAAACAAAGACCUUUCAAUAAAAAUAUGUAGCCGACACAGUGUGUCGGCUAUUUAGUUGUCACUAUUGCCAACAUAAACAUUGACGUUGGCAUAGCUGUUCGCCUUGUAUGAUGUAAAGGUUAUGUUUGUACCUUCAUCAUAAUUAUGAGAAGUCAGCAUCUUCGAUGGAUGUACGCAAAGAUGUGAAGAUUUUUUUGUUAUCGAGCAAGAGUUGAUCUUAUCGAGCAAGAGUUGAUCUAAUCGAGCAAGAGUUGAUCUUAUCGAGCAAGAGUUGAUCGUAUCAAAAUUCUUGACUUUCGCUUUGAGCCUGAUGAGCAAUCCAUAUUUUCGUCUCAUGAUUACGACAAUCCAGUAUGACUAAAGUAGACUGAGAUGAUGAGCAUCGAGUUCGUGUUUCUUUAUUGUUUAAUGAUGUGUAACUAAAACAACAAGUUAAAGAGUGGGAAAAUGAAAGCUUUCCUUGGAGUGUUGGACAUGAACUUGCCAUGAGUUUUUUUAAGAGGAAAAUCAUUCACCUUUCGUCAACCUUGCCUUAAACCUUUCUCAUCAUCACUUUCAACCUUUUCAACGCCAUACUUACCAUCUGCAAACCUCAUCGCUAUUAUUCAGCACAUAUAGACAUCAAACUCAUCAUCACUUCUUCUCGACUUCAGUUUAGGAGGAAACUUUAUGAGCCCGUGAUCAUAAAGGUAGUACAUCAGAAGGUUUGUAUGUCUUAUUUUCGACCAAGGCAAGUAUCACUUUAAAAGGUAAGUUUUUAUUCAUUCCCUAAUAUUACGUGUAAUGUUUUAACUUUCAGCUCGGACUUUCACACGAAAUAAAUCGGUUUUUGUGAGAUUUUACCGGUUUAUUUUUCGGCAUCGAGAUGAACUAAGACUAAGAUUAACGGCAGCGGUUGAAAAUAGUUUGUUUUUGUGAGAUUUUUCAAUCUAUUUUCGAGAAAAACUGCUGCGCGAAAUCUUAAACGUCUUAGCUAAACAUCUCUUCGGUUGAUAAUUUGUGCAGGUAUCGCAAAAAUUGCGAGUCGCCCACAAAUUUACUGUCGGAACGCGUGCAUGCACUUGUUUUACAGAAACAAGUGCGCUUUCAUUUUUCAGUUUUAGCAACAUUAUACUGUAUUCGCUAGUGAUUGUGGGAAGGAUUUAUUUGAUUGUUUCUAUGUUCACGUGCAGUUACACUCUCUAAAUAUUUCUAAUUAUUUUUUCUUCAGAUGAAAAUGAAUGUAUGAAUGAAACAUUAACGAACUGUCCUGUUAAUUUUGAUUGCGUGGAUACAAUUGGAUCGUUUGCAUGUGUUUGCAGAGGUCGAAUACUGGACGGAGACUGUAUAAGAGAAGGUUUCGUACGCUAUCAUAUAGAGUUGACUGUAAUUGAGCCAUUCAAUUUAUCCCUAUGCAUUCAGAACAGUACAGCAUUUGCAGAAUUUCAGACAAGAUUCAAUGAAUCGAUCCAAGUAGUUUAUGCCGGUGAUCCAAGUUUUGUCAGCGUUAAAAUCAAUGAAUUGAGAGAUGGAAAAAAUGACAAGGUCAUUAUUGAUGCUUACAUGACGUAUCGAGUUCCUGAUUCACUCAAUUUGCUGUUUGAAGCAGUUAGAAAUAAUUCAUUGCCAAAUUUUAAUGUCAGCAAUAAUGAGCUGAGGGUUGUCGUAACAGGAACGUGCGCAUUGUCAACAUGUCCUGCUAACUCAACCUGUCAAAGAUUAACACGUAGAACUUAUACAUGUCCGUGUGAAGAUGGAUUCUAUGCAGAUGGAUUCAUCUGUACUGAAUUGGUCAAUGUUAAUGUUCAAUUAACAAUUGCAAGGGAAUUUACAACAUCGUUAGGAAAUUCAAGUUCACAAGAAUUUAUGGAUUUACAAACAUAUUUGCGUCAAGCGCUCACACGACAAUUUCAAGAUACGCCCAACUUUCAAGACAUAAAGAUUUUGCGAUUUAGGAAUGGUUCCACGAUUGUGGAUUUCAGCGUUCGCUAUCGUAGGGAUCCAUCACAAAAUGUCAAAGUAGCUGUUGCAAAUACAUUGUAUGAAAAGAUCACUAAACCAGGAAGAAUUGGAAAUUUUACUGUCGAAAAAGCCGAAAUCGAUGGUACACCUCCAUCACCACAAGGUUUAAUGGCAACAGGUGUAGCAGUGACUUCUAUAAACGUUACUUGGCAGCAGCCGGAUUCUUUUAAUGUAUUUGGAAUCAAGCACUACCGAACUCGACUUAAUCCCGCGAGGGGUAUGAACGAAAAAAACAUUACUGCGACAAUGGGUACAAACAAUGCUACGUUUCAAAAUUUAUUGGAUAAUACAUCUUAUGCAAUCUCAGUUUAUGCUGUCAAUGAUGAUGGAGUAGGAGAUGUGGCUAUGAUUACAGUGACCACAAAUGAAGAUGUAAACGAAUGUAGCAAUAGUGCAUUGUUCACGUGCCCUGAAGGCUUGCGCUGCGUAAACACUCUUGGCUCCUUCAGAUGUAUUUGCGAAGGUGUCUUGGGCAGCGAUGGAAGUUGUACAAGACAAGGUGCGGUUGAGCUUAAUCGAUUUGUUCUGACCGUAAGUCGUACCUUCACUCCUGGGUUAGCAAAUAAAAGUUCGUCAGAUUUUAGAGAGUUCCAAAAUGAAUUUAGAACAUCUAUGGAAGCUGUUUACAACACAAGACAAUUUGGUUUUGUACAAACAGUAAUAAACGAAUUAAGAGCGGGCAGUGUUAUAGUAGAUGCUGAUGUAACAUUUGAGCAACUAGGGGCUAAUGGACUUAGCGUCCUCUUCACUGCCGUAAGAAACGGAAUGGUUGGUACUUUUAACGUCAACAGUAACGCGCUGGUUGUUGUAAUCACAGGAACAUGCAACGAAAUAACAUGUCAUGCUAACUCAACCUGCUUUACAUUAUCUCCCACCACUGUUGAAUGUCGCUGUUUACCUGGAUUCUAUCCAAAUGGCGUGCAGUGCUUAGAAUUUGUCAACGUUACAAUCAAAAUAACACUUGAUGGAGAAUUUACUUCAGAUUUAAAUGACAAUACUUCGGCACUGUUUAUUGAGUUGGAAGGAAAUUUGACUCGAGAGCUCCGUAUAAGAUUUCAGGACACACCAAACUUUCAAGAUGUAGAAAUUUUGGGAUUUAGGAAUGGCUCGAUCAUAGUUGAUGCUAGAAUCAUCUCUCGUCAAGGUCCACAAAACGCUAAAGUUAUUGUUGCAGACACUAUUGAAGAAAGGCUCAUUAAUGGAACGUUAUCAGGUUUACCCAUUCAAGGUGUCACGGUACUUGGUACACCUCCACCACCACAAGGCUUAAUGGUAACAGGUGUAGCAGUGACUUCUAUAAACGUUACUUGGCAGCAGCCGAAUUCUUUUAAUGUAUUUGGAAUCAAAAACUACCAAACUCGACUCAAUCCCGAGAGGGGUAUGAACGAAAAAGUCAUUACUGCGACGAUGGGUACAAACAAUGCUAUGUUUCAAAAUUUAUUGAAUAGCACAUCUUAUGCAAUCUCAGUUUAUGCUGUUAAUGAUGAUGGAGUAGGAGAUGUGGCUAUGAUUACAGUGACCACAAAUGGAGACAUAAACGAAUGUAACAAUAGUGCAUUCAUGUGCCCUGAAGGCUUGAGCUGCGUAAACACACUUGGCUCCUUCAGAUGUAUUUGCAAAGGUGUCGUGGGCAGUGAUGGAAGUUGCACAAGACAAGGUGAGGUUGAGCUUAAUCGAAUUUUUCUGACCGUAAAUCGUACCUUUACUCCUGCGUUGGCAAAUAAAAGUUCGUCAGCUUUUAGAAUGUUCCAAGACGAAUUUAGAACAUCUAUGGCAGCUGUUUACAACACAAGACAAUUUGGUUAUGUACAAACAGUAAUAAACGAAUUAAGAAAUGGCAGUGUUAUAGUAGAUGCUGAUGUAACAUUUGACCAAGUAGGCGCUAAUGGACUUAGCGUCCUCUUCACUGCCGUAAGAAACGAAAUGGUUGGUGCUUUUGACGUUAGGAGUAACGCGCUGGUUAUUGUAAUCACAGGAACAUGCAACGAUAUAACAUGUCAUGCUAACUCAACCUGCUUUACAUUAUCUCCCACCACUGUUGAAUGUCGCUGUUUACCUGGAUUCUAUCCAAAUGGUCGGCAGUGCUUAGAAUUGGUCAACGUUACAAUCAAAAUAACACUUGAUGGAGAAUUUACUUCAGAUUUAAACGACAAUACUUCGGCACUGUUUAUUGAGUUGGCAGGAAAUUUGACUCGAGAGCUCCGUGACAAAUUUCAAGACACCCCAAACUUUCAAGAUGUAGAAAUUUUGAGAUUUAGGAAUGGUUCGAUCAUAGUUGAUGUUAGAAUCAUCUUACGUCAAAGUCCACAAAACGCUAAAGUUAUUGUUGCAGACAGUUUUAUAGAAAGGCUCAUUAAUGGAACGCUAUCAGGUUUUCCCAUCCAAGGUGCCACGGUAGCUGGUCCACCUCCACCACCACAAGAUGUGACAAUAACUCAUGUUGGCGAAAAGUCAAUUACUUUCACAUGGCAACAUAGGGCUUCAUUUGUAGCAUUUGGCAUUAAAAUAUACGAAAUUCGAUCCAAUCCUCCUCUCCCUGGAAAUGCUCUACGAAACAGAACCCCGGAGGUUGCUACACUUAGUGAAACAUUCGGGGGUUUGGAAAGUGAUACAUUUUACACCAUCAACAUUACCGCCAUAAAUGAUGAUGGCUCAGCAGAACGUUUGAUUACGGCGAAAACAGACGACGACUCGGAUGACACAACAUUAAUAGUUGUUCUCGUUGUAGUCCUUUCUUUUGUACUAAUUGCUAUUAUUAUGUUGGUCUUAUUCUUCCGUCAUCGCCGUAGACAAAAACAGGUUUAUCAGACAAGUGGUGGAAGAAGAAGACCUUCUAUUAAUAUGGAUGACCAUUGGCGAAAUCAAUAUGACAAUGCAGGGCAAGAUAUUUAAAUCACAUGACGUAUAUAAUGAUCAAAUGAGUACACAUAUAUUCAAUAUUGUUGUUAGUAAUACAUCUAAAAUUAUAUCUCACAAUUAUUGUAUUUAUGAACACAUCUAAGUAUGCUUGCACUAAAUCUGAGUUAUUGCGUUUGUUUGGUUUUUAUGACUUUCACAUGAUACAAAGGCAACAGCUAAUAGGGUGGAUAAAUUUGCUUAUAGUUUGUAAUUGUAUCUAUUAUUUCAUCAAAAUAUUUCAUAUAGUUGUUAACCUUCAACCAUGCUGUGUCUAUCAGCAUUUAUACUGGAAAAAAUUGUAAACCUGUAUUUUUAAAACGUGAGUUAAUGAAGAUAUAUGUUUGUGACUAA